GGGAGUUGCGGGCUCCGGGUUUGAACCUGCCAACUUCUCCAGCGGGCAGGGACAAGCGCCAGGGCGGCGGCGAGGGCGAGUGAGUGCGGCGGGGUGGGGCUGCGGUAGGCGCCCGGGCCGCUCGGGAUUGGGCCGCCGGCCAAACCACCUGCGACCCUGGGGAGGGUCCCGGUGGCGAGAGCGGGGCGGGGGUGCCCCGGGAACCCUGGACCCAACUCGGGCAGAGGACACCGAGCUGGGCCGGACGCGGGCAUUCAGGAGGCGGGCGACCCCAGGUUGCUGAGAGACUGCAGGAAGGUUUGCAAGGCGAGAGGCGCGGGUGACACGGAGAGCUGACACCAUGGUUCAGCAGGUGCUCUACCGGGCGCUGGUCUCCACCAAGUGGCUGGCGGAGUCCGUCCGGGCUGGGAAGCUGGGCCCUGGCCUUCGGGUGCUGGAUGCGUCCUGGUACUCGCCGGGCACCCGCGAGGCCCGCAAGGAAUACCUGGAGCGCCAUGUGCCCGGCGCCUCCUUUUUUGACAUAGAGCAGUGUCGGGACAAGGCCUCCCCUUACGAGAUGAUGCUGCCCAGCGAGGCGGGCUUCGCCGACUACGUGGGCAGCCUGGGCAUCAGCAACGACACGCAUGUGGUGGUGUACGAUGGUGACGACCUGGGCAGCUUCUAUGCGCCGCGGGUCUGGUGGAUGUUCCGUGUGUUUGGCCACCGCACCGUGUCCGUGCUCAAUGGUGGCUUCCGGAACUGGCUGAAGGAAGGUCACCCGGUGACAUCGGAGCCCUCACGCCCAGAGCCAGCCAUCUUCAAAGCCACGCUGAACCGCUCCCUGCUCAAGACCUACGAGCAGGUGCUGGAGAACCUCGAAUCAAAGAGGUUCCAGCUGGUGGAUUCACGGGCCCAAGGGCGGUACCUGGGCACACAGUCGGAGCCAGAUGCCGUAGGACUGGACUCAGGCCACAUCCGAGGCUCAGUCAACAUGCCUUUCAUGGACUUCCUGACAGAGGAUGGCUUUGAAAAGAGCCCAGAAGAGCUCCGUGCCAUGUUCGAGGCCAAGAAGGUGGACCUCGCAAAGCCCCUCAUCGCCACAUGCCGGAAGGGUGUCACCGCCUGCCACAUUGCCCUGGCCGCUUACCUCUGUGGCAAGCCCGAUGUGGCCAUCUACGAUGGCUCCUGGUUUGAGUGGUUCCACCGGGCCCCGCCGGAGACCCGGGUGUCCCAGGGGAAAGGUGGGAAGGCCUGAGUGGUGGCCUCUUCUCGCCUUGCCCACAACUCCUGCUGGUAGAGUUAUCUGGCAUGGCCUCCAGCUAAUCUUUGCCUCCUCAGCCAAGGAAAUGGACAAGUUUUUAGAAUUAAUGUGUAGAGUGCUCCUUUCCCCAACAACACUGGAAUAAA